GAGACCUCAACUCAGUCACUCAGUUACCGCCUUGGCUUUUGUGAGAGGAGGACGCGCUGCGCGGCGCUGUGCUGUAGGAACUGGGAUCCGAUUAUUACAAUCAUGUUGGGAAAAGUACUGGACGCUGAGUGAUACAAGCGUUGGAAUUGGAUACACAGUGGCCAUGUGAGAGGAACAUAUAUCCACCGGCCACGUGAGACAAUGCUGAAAUACGUGCAGGUGUCUCCGUAUCGCAGCUCCUCGGCUUUGGCAGGCACGAGGCGGGGCGACUGCUGUGAUCUUUCCCCGACCCUCUCCUCGCCUUCCACGCCCACCACGCGCCUCUCCUCAGCCUCCAGCCAUGCUUACACUUGCUCCUCCGCCUCCUCCUCGUCUUCAGGUGUCGGGCAGAGUCGAGGAGUGGGAAGGGCGGAUAGUGUCAGUCUUAAUUCGUCCAUGUCUUGCUCCAGUCUCAGUCAAGAUCCCCUCAGCUCGCGAUCAUCGUCCUCCACUUCCUUACACGACGGUCAGAAGGUCGUGUCGUUGCCGCCUUCCACUGCCAAGACCACAGUGCGGGUGUGGGUCCGCUGCCUGAUGCAAGACAUGGAGUACAAGACGGUGUGCAUUGCCUACAGCACCACCUGCAGAGAGCUGGUUCAGUCCAUCUUGUCCAAAUUCAAGAUGAAACACAGAGACCCUAACCUCUUCUACCUCACCAUGGAAGUAACUGUCAGGAAAACAGGAGGCAUCAUGAGAACCAUCCUUACUCUGGAGGAUGACUCAAGGCCCGCAGAACUGCAGUCGUGCUACCCUCGAGGGGACUCCCGUCUUGCCCUCAAGAUGCGUCCAGGCGGCCUCGUGCGUGUCUAUGAUGGGGCACUGGUGUCUGGGUCUCAGUACAAGAGUCUGCUGGUUAGUGACAAGACCACCUGUGAAGAACUGGCACAACUUGUUCUUCUUUGCAACAAUAUUCAGGACAAUAUCAAGAAUUACUCCAUCUAUGAGGUGCGGCGCAAUGAUGGCAGGGAGCGCAAGCUGCACCAUGAUGAGAGGCCACUGCGGCUCACGGCCCGGUGGGUGUCCAGAGACCACGCGUGUCUGGUGGUGCGCCACACUCCUUCCCUCACCCCCACCAGGGCUCACAUCACAUCCCUCGCCACACUCAGAGGAUCAGUUUGCCGUGCAUCAACAAAGAGGACAAACUCUAACCGGACAGUUGAGAACACUCCAGUGUUAACAAGUCACACUCUUGCCUCCUCCUCUCCUUCUGCUAACACGGACUCGACAACUGCAGACUCCCAGGACGGGCUGAUAUCCACCACCACCAUCACCAUCUCUCCCAAUGGAACCUCAACAGUGACCAUCAACAUGCCUGCCAUCACUCCACCCAUCAACAACAACAACAAUAACAACAACAGUAAUGUCAACAAGACCAUCAGUAAAUGUAGCAAUAACAACAGCAAGAUUAUGAAUAGAAACUAUCAGAAAAGUGCAAGUGUGCAUGAACUAGAAGAGGCAGAAGAGGAGGAAGAGGAGCAGUGCCCUUCCCCUCCUGUAAGGAUUCGCAGGCCGGCAUCGUCCUCCUUCAGAUCAACAGCAGUAAGACGAAAGCUGCCGUGGACUCAGAGUGCUGACCUGAUAGAAACUCCAGUGGACGAUGAUGGAGAUGAGCUGCCCUCUGCCACCAGGACCCGCAGAGCACACUCCUACAAUGACUAUGAAAACUACUUCUACAUCUAAUGAUUCCCAGUACAACUCAUCUCUCUUAAAAUGCCAAUGAAACAAUCCAUUCAAAGUGACAAAGUUACAUAUGCAAAAUUUAUGUAGCCUUUCAUAAGUAAUGAUUUAUUAUGUGUUUCAUAUCUCAGUGGUUUUCUUGAAAGGAAUGUUUUUUGUUUUGAAAUACUCGGCUUUAUUGUGAGUUUACAAAUGCUGCAGAUAGUUUCAUUAUGGCACAGAACCUUCUCCUUUUGGGAAUGAUAUUGGCUAAUAGCAAAUCUCAUACACUGUCAAUAUGAAAAUUAUUGAGCAGAAUUUCUCUACUUUCAAGCAUUUGCCUUUAUCCCUCCCCUCCCCCAUCUCUCUCUCUCUCUCUCUCUCUCUCUCUCUCUCUCUCUCUCUCUCUCUCUCUCUGAUGUAGUCUUAUCACCACUUCUACAGUUUCCUUUGCUCUCGCUCCCACCACUGAUUACCAAAAUACACACUGUUGCUAUUUAUGCACAAGAGGAUUUAUCAUAUGGCAAAAUUAAGAAAACUGCUCAAGGUGAAUAAGUAUUGAUGAAGUGUUCAUAUGUAAUACAGUAUUCAAAUGUUAGUAACUCUUUGCAAUUUAGAAAAGUGAAGUACUGUAUUGAUCCAUUCAGCUCCUUCAUACAGCUCAGCUACCACAAUUGUCAAAAUCAAUGGCAAACCUUUCAAUAGAGCUUUAAGUUGUAAAUAAUAGUGUAACUAUAAUGUUCAUAUACAUUGUAAGAUACAUAUUGCCAAAGAUUAUGUAAAGAUGAAAAUAUAUAGAUAUAGAAGUGUGUGUGUGUGUGUGUGUGUGUGUGUGCAAAGUAAUUUUUGUUGACAGUGUAUCAGCAGAGUACAUACUGCAUGAAAACUUAAUAAAUGUAGACCAGGAGCUCAUACCUCGUGGACUGGUACAGAAAAACAAAAGAUGACAAUAUUAUUUAGCUUUUUGAUGGUAGAGAAAUGGCUUUGGCUGUAGCAAGGCUAGUACAAGCCACAGGAAAAACUAAAUUUGGAUGUGAAUGACAAUUUCUCAUUGUGAAGUUUUCUUGGCAUCCAAACUUGUCAAAUGAUUCCUGAAAAUUAUAAAUGUUAUUAAUUUGGGCAUUAUGCAAUUCUUAUAAUAUGUAUAUGCUUACACUGUACUACUUCCACCUACUUCAAUGAAUAAAGUGCAUAUUCUC